AUGAACGUCCUUCGCUUUGCAUUGUUGCUAGUUUUGGCUCUUCUGGGAUUGGCCUCGGCUCAAAAUCUGGGAUCUUCCGACGAGAAAUUGUAGGUUUUUCGCUUUUAUAUACCGUGGAACAUCUGUGCAACGAACCUCUGUACACAAAAACCUCUCUAUAACAAACAAUUUCAGCGGCCUCAAGAGUCAACUUUAGGCCGAAAUAAACCUUAUAACGAAAUCCUUCUAUAACGAAUAUUUUUGACGCCCAUGGCUAUGUCCCUGGGCCCUUACGAUUCGCUGUGUACAGGUUCGGCCGUAAUUUUUACUUUGUAAUGACCAAUAACGUUAGGAUCUACGUAUACCCUGAUCAAUCAAAUCGAUAUAUUUUUUAACCUUCAGAAUCCGUCAACGCCGCGGUUACCGCAAUCGUCGUGAUACCACAGUAAAAAUUGUCGCCCAACCUCCUCUUCUUCUGAACAGUUCAAAUACUUUGCCGGUUUUUAAGAAGAUAGAGUAAGACAGAGGUUUCGAGAUACGCUUGAAAACAAUAAAUAAAGUUUUUAAUGAGGCUCGGACAAUUUUUAUUCAUAGAGGAAAUGCUCCAAGAGCAACGCUCAUAUUUUGAUGAAAAUUGUCUCAAAUUUAGAACUUUUCGGGUGCUAUGGAUCGCGUCGGUUCGUCGUUGCAUGCAUGGAGGAGGACGGGAGAAGGCUUAG